AUGUUUUGCGUGUUGUCGACGGCGGCAUCCUUCAAGGCAAUCUGCGCCGAGAAGGGAUACAGCUUCGAAACGCUCAGCAAGGCCAAGUACUCCACCAUGAUGGCGAGUCGGUCGCCGCAGCAGUUUCACGAGUACACCAUAGAGUAG